AUGACCAUUGGCAAGUCAUACAUUCCCGGAAACACCAUUGUUCAAGUGCCCCUGUACACGAUGUUCAGAGACCCACGGGCGUUUGAGCGUCCAACCGAGUUCAUUGCGGAACGCUGGACUACCAGUCCUGAACUCGUCAAGGAUAGAUCCGUGUUCAUUCCAUUCAAUACAGGACCGUGGGCCUGUGUUGGUAGACGGCUUGCACUAAUGGAGCUUCGACGGGUGACUGCAGAGCUCCUUCUCCGAUACGACAUUUCUUUUGCUCCGGGUAAAGCCAGCGAUACGUUUCUAGACGACGGGAAGGACAUGUUUACCCUUGCUGCUACACCGCUAUUCUUGAAUUUCACCAAGAGACAGUAA